AUGGGUUGGAAGGGUAGAACAUGCAGGUCGUGUGAAUCGCAAGGCUUACGCUGCGACUACAAGAAACCAAAGUGCACCCAAUGUCAUGAAAAUAGUAUCAAAUGCUCGUAUCCACUCACUUUGAAAUGGGGUGGACGGCCUUACAAGGACAAGAAUAAACGGAUCAACCUCCCACCCAACACGAAGAUGGUAGAAGGUGUUCUUAUGGCCGAUCUCUCUAUUAAGAAAGUUGUCAAACCUAAGAAAGAACGCAUUGAGAAAAAGUUAAUCACUUUAGACCAUACAGACCCUACAAUAGAAAGCUUCUUUGAAGGUCCGCUCACAAGUCCAAAUAUUCUUUGGGAAGGAGAUGGAAUCGAUGAGAAACUUCUGGAAGGCGGUUCGUUGCUCAGCGCGAAUGACGAAAACUCUUUUUUCGCACCAGUUCUGCCUCCGCCCUCGAGGGUCUUAAAACCAAUGCAUAUGCCAGGGUUGGAUCUGCUCAACAAGUCGCUUCAGCAUUCGGAAUUUUUCGAAUAUUAUGUGCAGGAAACUGCGAUUUCUUUCGUGGCAUCCAGUAAAGCUGAUAACAGCAAUCCUUUCUCUACAAUUGUGCCACGACUGGCGCUUCAUAGUCCCACUUUGAUGAAAAUUGUCAUGGCGUUUGGUGGAAUGCACAGGGCGAAACGACAGUUUUUGUUUAAGCGGCAACAAGUGUUUUCGCUGGAUGACGAGUCCAAUCAGGUUUUUGCCGGUGAGGGAACCUCGGAACCCUUGAUUAAAGAAUUGGAGCACCAGGGCGUCAAUGAGCUAAUCAAAGAGCUUUCCAGCUCUCACAGAACUCUCGAUGAUCUGCUAUUAGCUAGUGUUCUCUUACUGGCAAGUCUGUACAUUUUUUUCGGCAAGGGCAAAAAGUGGCAUGUACACAUGGCGGGGGCAGAGGGCAUUAUACUGCAGGAGUUUAAGCCGGGUUCAAAAGUCGAGCAAAACUAUCUGAAAUACAGCACACAAAAAGAUCCCCAUCAUUUUCUGCGAAGGUGGUUCGUAUACAUCAAAGUCAUGGGCUACCUUUCAGCAGGGCGUUUCUCACGCACCGAUGAGCAGAUGGUUUCUCCUCUCCGCAUCGAUUUCGAUGUUGCACAAGGCUCAGAAGAGUCCCAGGUUGUCGACGAUAUGCUUUCUGCCAACGGAAUGGACUUGACAGUUAUGUCAUUUUUGGCCGAAAUUUCUAGACUUAUCGUGCAGAAAGAAACCUCAUCCGUUCAAGGACCACAGUCGGCGAUCUUUGAGGCGGCCAUGGAGUUGGACUAUAAAAUCUCCAAGCGUUUGGAGAUGGACCGCGUUUUAAUGGUCGGUAACAGAAGUGUCAGCCAAAAAAACAGUGGUCGCGACAGUGGUCAAGAUCAGAAGUUAUUACUAAAUGCCAUAAAGCUGCUGUUUGAGAUGACGGGUCUGUUGCAGCUACGACGUAGAGUGCUCGGAUUUAGACAUGAGAGCUUUUUGGUGCGAGACUUACUGCUGAACAUGACAGAUAUGAUCGAAACGAAAUUUUUUGCCGUGAAAUACUCGGGCGCCUGCCUCCUUUUCAGUUGUUUUAGCUGCGGAUGUGAACUGAUAGAGGAAUGUCUCAUUCCGAGACGUGAAUCGUGUCUAGCUCAAAUCGAUUUACUCAUCGAGCUGGGGGUGGAAACGGCUAUACAGGCAAAAGCAGUUAUGCAAGAAUGUUGGCGCACGUCAAAGCCAUGGUGGGAAGUGUUACGGGAACAAAAUCAGGAUAUCUGUUUUGCGAUUUGA